AUGAGUGAUGAUGGAAAGCAGCUGUACAUGGCGUGUCUUACAUUAGAUCCACAAAAGGCGCUUCAGCUGUUGACCAGUUGGGACCAACAACGUAUACGAGAUGCUGCCCAAUACAAAGAUGAUCGGCAUGGCGAUACACCACUGCACUGGGCCUGCCGUAACGGUGAUGUCAAGGUGGUGGAGAUGCUGUUGCAGCACGGUGCUGAUGCUAAAGCCAAGGACAACCGUGGCGAUACACCACUGCACAAGGCCUGCCGUAACGGUCAUGUCAAGGUGGUGGAGAUGCUGUUGAAGCACGGUGCUGAUGCUAAAGCCAAGAACAACGUCAGUACAGUACCUCCCUCUUUCCCCCUUUACCCCCCUAUGACGGUGCACCUGUACCCCAUGAUGAUGCUGAUGAUGAUGAUGCUGUACCUGUACGUCAUGCUGAUGCAUCAUCCCACAGUGGUGGAGAUGCUGUUGCAGCACGGUGCUGAUGCUAAAGCCAAGGACAACCGUGGCGAUACACCACUGCACAAGGCCUGCCGUAACGGUCAUGUCAAGGUGGUGGAGAUGCUGUUGAAGCACGGUGCUGAUGCUAAAGCCAAGAACAACGUCAGUACAGUACCUCCCUCUUUCCCCCUUUACCCCCCUAUGACGGUGCACCUGUACCCCAUGAUGAUGCUGAUGAUGAUGAUGCUGUACCUGUACGUCAUGCUGAUGCAUCAUCCCACAGAUGGCAACACGCCCCUCGAUUACGGACGUCAACGCGGGCAUGGCGACAAGCUGGAGCCCGUGUUUGCUGCUCACGAGGCUCGCCUAUCACAACCACCCGCACCACUCGCUCCGCCCACGCCGGCACCGCCUUCCGCCUGGCUACCGCCUCUGCCCACCACCCCCACCCUCGAGACCACGGCCUCUGUUGUGGUGGCGGUGGAUACUUGGCUUAGGCCCCUCUUGCCCACGCGCACCACCAGCCAUACUCUCCCUCACCUCGAUGCAUUUAUCAGCGGUGCCGCCAAACAAACCCCCAAUCUUGCAACGGCAGUUGCGGACAUCCAGAGGACCAUCGAUGAAGCGCCACCAGAGUUUCCUGCCAUGGACUGGCCUGCCUUCCAGGCGACCACCACCCAGGCCCUCGGCGCGCUCGACCAGGCACUGGCAGCGCCCGAAGCGUUGAACAACCGCUUGGGUCAAUUGGACCCCAACACUGACAACCUAGAAGCAGUGCUGCAAGAGCUGCAUGAUGUCACUGCUGGUUUUGAGCUGCAGCCGGUGCUUCUCGAGCUUCAGGACGUGCUGGCAGCGUGCCCCGCUCCACCCACCACGCUGACAAUGGCACCCGAAACGCCACCCGCCAACCUCAGUGCAGCCCUGGACAAAGUUGCCAUGCUACGCGACGUGGGAGCCAAGCGCAUAGAACUGUUCACCAACGCCAACAGCAGCCUCCAGCAGCUAGUGCUGAAGCUGAUUACUGCCCUGCGUGCUGUGGCAAGAGCGGGAGCCACCGACACGGACCAUCGCGUGGACACACUAGAGCAGUGUGCGCAAGGCUUGGAUGUGAGUGCACCACCUUCAGCCGAGGCAUUGCCCAAGGCCUGGGAGGAGCUGUGCCAAGCCCACGAAAGGCUGAGCUUGCCCGAGCAGAACGGCCUGGAGCAGCUGAUAACAUGGAGAGUCGAGCACGACUAUGAGAAUCAAGAUUGGUAUCUGGCGUUUGCGCUUCACGAGGCGCAAGCCCUGGUGCAGCAGUUGCAAGACAUGAUCGACUGGCAAGCCACGACGCUGUCCGUGUUGACCUCGUGCAUAAGGCACGUGGACAGCUUAAACCAAGACGUCGAUGAUGAAUCGGUUGCUGCCCACGAGGAACUAACCAAGGUGGAGACCGAGAUUCAAGGAUUUCACACGGCUCUACAACAUCUGCCCGAAACUGUUCGGUCUGGUCUCGAGCAGGACCUCAAAAAGCUAGAAAAGCGACGCGACACCUUGCGACAACAAUUAUCAAAUCAGUCUCACGUGGACCACGUCGCCGAGCUUGCUCAGCUGCUGCACCAACACUUUCCAGCGCUGCUGGUCUUUUUGCACCCUGAACAAAGCAGGCUGGGAGCGCGCCUCCGCACAGUGCUUGGGCCCGACCUUCCAGCCAGCCUGAUCUUGGAGGCCAUGACCGAAGUGGAUCGCACAUUGUCGCUCUCCAGCCUGGGCCAGCUUGAUCUUCAUUACAACCAAAACCACAAGGUGUACAAGGCCCGUGCCGCGCUGAAAGAUUCUGGGGAACAAGAUUUGGCCGUCAAGGAGUAUGCAUUUGCUCGCCAACAUAAGCAGGAUCAGUGCCGUACAUUCUUGCGCGAGCUUCGCGCCAUGCGCCAGCUUAAGCACCCACACAUCAUCCCGGUCCUCGGCGCGCUCGUGGACGUACACAGUGGCCACCCGAGCGCCUAUUUGGUGCAGCCAUGGUGUGCACAGGGGGAUCUGCAGCAGUGGCUCAGCAAGGCACGCCACAUGGCCACCUCGACCGUGAUUUCGAAUCUGAUGAAUCAGCUGCGCACGGCGCUGGCGUUUAUGCAUAGCAAGGGCUUGGUGCAUCGGGAUGUCAAGCUGAGCAACAUCAUGUUGGACGGUGCAGAGGACCAACCUGUUGUGCGGCUGGGCGAUUUUGACAUUGCCAAGGCCGCCGCUGAAGCCACCAUGCUACCAUCUACGGCCACCGCAUCGUCGGGCACGGCGGGCUAUGUGGCACCCGAAGUGCUUUUUGGCCGGGGCCGAGUGGGGGCGCGUCCAGCACAGGAUGCCUUUUCCUUUGGCUGUGUGCUAUACAACACCUACAUGUUCCCACAAACGGUGCCGCCGGCUCAGUCGCGAACCGAUGAGGUUGUGGGUCAUUGCAGAUGGAAUUUCCAAGCGGGAGAUGGUGCCUUUAGCUUUCCUCAUCUGGCGGCCGAGAUGUGCGACAUAGUGGGCGAUCUGUACAAGGAAACGCAAGCCUUGCUGGCAGCAGAUCCAAAGCAACGGCCAAGCCUUUUCAGCGCCGGGCAAUUCGCAGAACGACCUGUCACGACCCAAGUUGUUGGGCCAGCCAUUGAUGUCUUGCGCGAUGCGCCCGAGCUCAUUUCAGAGGUGGGUGAGCUACUGAAGCAGCUGAACACCGAUGGGCGGGGACCAGCGAAUAUCACAGUGCAACGAGUGGAGCGCGUGCACAACCCCGUGCUGUGGGAGCGCUACAGCGCCAAGCGACGAGAGAUGUUGCAUCGUAUCGAAAAUGAAGAGCACUAUGAUCAACUCCAAACGUCCACAUUAGAUGCACCCUCGGGCUCUCCAGCUCUGCUUCGCGAUGCAUCCUGUCAAGAGCGCCUGUUGCUCCACGGCAUCGCCCCUGACACAAUGUUGCGCGACAAGAUUGUGCGCCUGGGCCUUGACUAUCGCUUUGCGGGUAAAAAUGUCGGCCACCGAUUCGGUCUCGGUGUUUACUUGACGGACCAUCCCGGCAAGAGUCACCGGUACACCAAUACUGGACCCAACGGCGAACGGAUGCUCAUCAUCACGCGAGCCCUGUUGGGUCAUGCCUUUGUCCAUCCAUCACCUCCUUCUGGGGCGCUGGCGCCACCGCUCCUGCCCGCUGCGCCCAACAACGAGCGGUAUGACUCGGUCGUCGCGACACCCUCUGGGGAAUUCCACGAGGUGGUGGUGUUUAAGAAUGCCCAAAUGUAUCCCGAGCUGGUUGAAAUCAGCAUGCUGAUAUUCAUGUAUUUGCUGCUGGGCAAGCUUCUGGAGCACAGGCUGAGUAGCUGGCUGGAGAAGCGAGGCAGGCUGGCCACGUCCGACGACUAUGCUGCAUUUCGUCGACAAACGACCACGUACCUGUAUCGGCCAACGCUUCAGAUGUGCGACGCGACGAGCGGUUUGUACAAGGAAACAUGGGCCUGCUUGCAACAAAUCUCAAGCAGCGCCCAACUCUCUUCAGCGCCGGCUAGAGUGUGCAACGCCCACGUUGUUGGGCCAGCCAUUGACGUUUUACGCGACGCACCCGAGCUCGUGUCAGAGGUGGCUGAACUGCUGCAGCAGCUGAGUGCUGACGGGCUAGGACCAGGUAACGCUGCAGGGCAGCGGGUGGCACGUGUGCAAAACCCCCGUGCUGUGGGAACGCUUUGCUUCGUGAUACACCCUGUCAAGAGCGCCGGCUGCUUCAUGUCCGAGCAAUCGCUGCGCGAUAAGAUUGUGCGCUUGGGCCGCGCUUUGCUGGUGGCCAUCUACGACCAUACACACAUCUAUCCCGAGCUGGUGGUGGUCUAUACACGAUCGAAUGAUGCCAAACUCGAGGCAGUGUGA